CUUUUCAAUAAUUUUCUAUCAUCGAUCAUGAGUUUCUCCACAACCACAAAGAUGCAAAUUUUGUUGUUGUUUCUCGUAAUUCAGCUGUGCCAUGGCUCAAAUGACACUGUGAGUAUCUCGCUGAAAAGGCAUACUCUGAAUGUCGGGGGUACUUCUUUUGGUGGUUUAAAAAACUUUGAUGGAGUUGUCUUUUACGGUGAGAUUUCUGUGGGUAGUCCGCCACAAAAAUUCAACGUUGUUUUUGACACCGGCAGUACUGAUCUGUGGGUUCCUUCUAAGGAAUGGCCUGAGGAAACCGAUCAUAAACACCCUAAGUUUGAUAAGGAUGCAUCCAAGACAUGCCGUUUGAUGAAAGGGGGAGAAGUAAAUAUUGCAUAUGAGACAGGAAGUGUCGUCGGUAUUCUUGCACAAGACAAUGUUAACGUAGGCGGGGUUGUAAUAAAAAGUCAAGAUUUAUUUUUGGCACGUAACCCAGAUACUUACUUCAGAAGUGUUAAAUUUGAUGGAGUUAUUGGGUUGGGCAUCAAAUCUUCACGUGCGCAAGGAUCUGUCACGGUUUGGGAAAACAUGGUGAAACAAAAGUUGAUAACUAAACCUAUUUUCUCUUUAUAUUUGAGGCCACACAAGGGAGAUGGAGGAGAAGAUCCAAAUGGUGGCCAGAUCAUGUUUGGUGGGUUUGACCCGAAGCAGUUCAAGGGAGAACAUGUUUAUGUACCGAUGAAACUAAGCGACGACCGCUGGAAGAUCAAAAUGUCCAAAAUUUACAUUAAUGGUAAACCAGCGAUCAACUUUUGUGAUGAUGUAGAAUGCACAGCAAUGGUUGACUCUGGAUCGACUGACAUUUUUGGCCCGGAUGAAGCUGUCGGUAAAAUCUAUAAAGAAAUUGGAGCAACCAAAGUAAUAAUUAGAUGCGAGCAGUUUCCUGCUUUGCCGGAUAUCUACUUCGAAAUUGGAGGAAAACAUCUACGCCUCACUAAACAUGAUUACGUUGAGGUGAAGACAAAUCCCAAAAAAAGAUGCAGACUUCGUAUUGUGAAGUCUAAAAAUCGUCGUAAAGACUGGGUCUUGGGUGAGGCUUUCAUGACGAAGUUCCAUACGGUGUUUGAUUAUGGAGAUGUUAAAACCCCAAGAAUCGGCUUUGCUGAAGCAAUAUAAGAAAAUUAGUAAAAAGAGUACACUAAACAAGUUUUAUCUAAAUUUUAUGACAAUAUAUAUGUGAACCAAUAUUGUUAUUCUGUAAGCGUGACUUCUUAAUAAAAAGGAAUUAUAUAUCUGUCA